GCUGCCUUGACGCUUUUCCGCGGGAGAAACCUCCGUCAGGACUCCGGACGGGAGACAUCAGCGGAGUUACAAAUCCCUCCAGGUUGCAUCUCCACGGCUGCAGGCCAGGCCAGCGGGGCGUAAAGACAAUAGACCCGGGGCGCGUUUAAAGAACGGAGCCUCUCCCGGGGAUGGCGGGACGGAGGAGCAGGACGGGGAGGCCCGUUCGAGAAGGGGGUGCCGGCGAGCGCGACCUGGGGAGCCAGAGGUGUUGUCUUCUGGCUGAGUCACACCUGAACGCCAGGCAGGAGGGAGGGAGGGAGGCGCAGGCCGGGGAGGCACCGGGAUUAACCCAGCAGCUGCCAGACAGCGGAGCGACUUCCUUCUGGGCCGAGAGAGUCCAAACCAAGGGCUCCUUUAACCCCUCCCCGCCUUGGCUCCUGCCUCACCUAGUCAUGGAAGGCGAAGCAGCGACGGCGGCAGCCAAGGGGCCAAGGUCAGCCCCGCGCGCACCGGAGCCUUUAUAUAACCCGGGCCAGCGCCUGCCUUUCCUUUGACACCUCGGCUGCCUGGCCACCCUCUCCAUCAUGUGGCGGGCGGUUCUGGCAUACAGGAACUAUCUCAUCGCCCUCCUGACGCCCCUGGUCUUCCUCCCUCUGCCUCUGGUCCUCCCUUACAAGGAAGCACAAUGUGGCUACACCAUCAUCGUGAUGGCCAUCUUCUGGUGCACGGAGGCCCUGCCGCUGGCGGUCACCGCUCUCUUCCCCGUCCUCUUCUUCCCCCUCAUGGGCAUCAUGGACUCCACCACGGUGUGCAUGGAAUACCUGAAGGACACCAACAUGCUCUUCAUCGGGGGCCUCCUGGUGGCCAUCGCCGUUGAGCACUGGAACCUCCACCGGCGCAUCGCCCUGCUGGUCCUUCUCAUCGUCGGGGUCCGGCCUGCCUUGCUGAUGAUGGGCUUCAUGGGCGUGACCGCCUUCCUCUCCAUGUGGAUCAGCAACACGGCCACCACAGCCAUGAUGGUGCCCAUCGCCCAGGCCGUCCUGCAGCAGCUGCAGAAGUCGGAGCUGGAUCAGAGUACUGCGGAGCAGGGGGUCACCCAGAACGGGACCCUCAACCGGGCCUUCGAGAUGCAGGAGGGGCCCCCACAGCAAGGCAACGCCCACGUGCAGGUGGUGGUGAAGGAGAAGCUGCCCGAGGAGGCCGAGCAGAAGCUGCCCGAGGAAGACCGGCAGCAGCUGCUGAAGAAACACCAGACCCUCAGCAAGGGCAUGAGCCUGGCCGUCUGCUACUCCGCCAGCAUCGGCGGCAUCGCCACCCUGACGGGCACCACCCCCAACCUGGUGAUGAAGGGGCAGAUGGACGAGCUCUUCUGCCGCAAUGACAACGUGGUGAAUUUUGCCUCCUGGUUCACCUUCGCCUUCCCAGCCAUGCUGGUGCUUCUGGUCCUCUCCUGGCUGUGGCUGCUGGUGAUGUUCCUGGGCGUGGACUUCAAAAAGAACUUCGGCUGCGGCAGCAGUGAGGCGGAGAAGCAGAAGUUGGACAAGGCCUACAGCAUCAUCCGGAGCGAGUACCGGGCCUUGGGCCGCAUGAAGUUCUCCGAGGGGGCCGUCCUCGCCCUCUUCAUCGUCCUGGUGGUCCUUUGGUUCACCCGGGAGCCUGGCUUCAUGCCCGGCUGGGCCAACGCCCUCUUCAGCCAGAAGGGGAAGAGCUACAUCACGGAUGCCACCGUGGUCAUCUUCAUCUCACUGCUGAUGUUCGUCAUCCCCUCCGAACUGCCCAGCUGUCGUAAGGCCCAGCAGGAAGGCAGCCCUGGGCAGAUCCGCGCGCCCCCCGCCCUCCUGGACUGGACCACCGUCAACCGGCACAUGCCCUGGAACAUCGUCAUCCUCCUGGGAGGGGGCUUCGCCUUGGCCAAAGGCAGCGAGGUCUCGGGCCUCUCCGGCUGGCUGGGGGACAAGCUGACGCCGCUGCAGAGCAUCCCGCACCCGGCCAUCACCUUCAUCCUCUGCCUGCUCGUAGCCGUCUUCACCGAAUGCACCAGCAACGUCGCCACCACCACCCUCUUCCUGCCCAUCCUGGCCUCCAUGGCCCAGGCCAUUGAGCUGAACCCACUCUACGUGAUGCUGCCCUGCACCCUCGCGGCCUCCCUGGCCUUCAUGCUGCCGGUGGCCACCCCGCCCAACGCCAUCGUCUUCUCCUACGGCAACCUCCGCGUCAUCGACAUGGUCAAAGCCGGGUUCAUGCUGAACAUCCUAGGCGUCCUCACCAUCAUGCUGGCCAUCAACACCUGGGGGAUACCCAUGUUCAACCUGGACCAGUUUCCAGCCUGGGCACACGCCAACGCCACCCAAUGCUGACGGGAGGAAGAGGGUCACAGCUUGCCCGGCCCUGAGCUGGUUUCUUGGGCAUCCCGUUGCCUCGCCUCUGGGGGCACGACGUAGCUCAGGCUGGCCCAGCCCUUGAAGAUGGGCAUUGAGACUCUGAGCACCUUUGGGCACCAGCCUCCCUUACGCUGAAGGAUGCCCGGCCUGCCGUGUGCCAGCGAGCGAGAAUUUAUUUCCUGCCUAAACAGCACACGGUCAGCAACCCUGGAGGUGGCCUGGUGCAAAGCUUGGGGGGCUGCCAAUGUGCCCGCUUGUGGAGCAGCUUCUGCAGGGCAUCCCUGUGCCAGCCACAGUCAUUCUCAAAGUUCCCCCCUCCAGGCCAGGCCUCCGACAUCUGGAUGCAGCUGCAUGCCCAGACCCCGGCCUGGCGUUUCCCUCUCAGCUGGGCUGCAGAGUCUCAGGCCAGGGCCGGCCCCUGGGCUCCCUCCAGACACAAGGAGACUGGCACAGCUUGCCCGGCCUGGUCAAAUAUACCGGUUUCCAGCCACUCCUUCCUGAGCAGAUGCCACUUUGUGGGAAUUUGAAAGUCCCUCUUUUCGGUUGUAGCUUUGGUCACUAAACGAACAGUUAUAAGUCAAGGACUGCUGUAGCCCGGGGGUGGUGGUGGUCACAAAAGGGCCUUUUCCUUCCCCCGGCUCAGUAGGAGGGAGGUGGCCUCUCAACUCCGGCGGUCCUUGGAAGAAACCGAUUAUCUGGAUCCCUUUCAGUCGGGAUUCAG